GUGCGCCAGACUUACUGGGGGCUGUCUGCCUGACUGCCCCAGACUCCAGCAGCGGAGCCCCCGAUGGCAGUGGGCACCUCCCUGUGAAACCUGCCAAGCUGGACGCCACAGCUCUGCACGACGACACUUUGGCCAGCUCCGUCGCCCCUUCGGAGGCCUGCAACCAUGCAGCUCUAGCCUGCAGCCCGGGCAUCCCUGAGGAACACUACGUAAGCGAGGCUGUGGAAGAUGCUCCCAGCUACAGAGGGUACCGGGAUGCCUGCACCAUUACUGAUGUGUGCAAUAGCACCGAUCUUCCGGAAGUCGAAAUCAUUAGCCUGCUGGAGGAGCAGCUGCCUCAUUACAAGUUAAGAGCUGACACCAUCUACGGUUAUGACCACGACGACUGGCUCCACACCCCUCUCAUUUCUCCAGAUGCCAAUAUUGACCUCACAACUGAGCAAAUUGAAGAGACGCUGAAAUACUUCCUUUUAUGUGCUGAAAGAGUUGGCCAGAUGACUAAGACAUAUAAUGACAUAGACGCUGUUACUCGGCUUCUUGAGGAGAAAGAACGGGAUUUAGAAUUGGCUGCUCGGAUUGGCCAGUCAUUGUUGAAAAAGAACAAGACAUUAACCGAGAGGAACGAGCUGCUGGAGGAGCAAGUGGAACACAUCAGGGAGGAGGUAUCUCAGCUACGGCACGAGCUGUCCAUGAAAGAUGAGCUGCUUCAGUUCUACACCAGUGCUGCAGAGGAGAGCGAGCCCGAGUCCGUGUGCUCAACCCCGUUGAAGAGGAAUGAGUCAUCCUCCUCAGUCCAGAAUUAUUUUCAUUUGGAUUCUCUUCAGAAGAAGCUGAAGGACCUUGAAGAGGAGAAUGUUGUACUUCGAUCUGAGGCCUGCCAGCUGAAGACAGAGACCAUCACCUACGAAGAGAAGGAGCAGCAGCUGGUCAACGACUGCGUGAAGGAGCUGAGGGAUGCCAAUGUCCAGAUUGCUAGUAUCUCAGAGGAACUGGCCAAGAAGACUGAAGAUGCUGCCCGCCAGCAGGAAGAGAUCACACACCUGUUAUCGCAGAUAGUUGAUUUGCAGAAAAAGGCAAAAGCUUGCACAGUGGAAAAUGAAGAGCUCGUCCAGCACCUGGGGGCUGCUAAGGAUGCCCAGCGGCAGCUCACGGCCGAGCUGCGGGAGCUGGAGGACAAGUAUGCAGAGUGCAUGGAGAUGCUUCACGAGGCACAGGAAGAGCUGAAGAACCUCCGGAACAAAACCAUGCCCAACACCACGUCCCGGCGCUACCACUCGCUGGGCCUGUUUCCCAUGGACUCCUUGGCAGCAGAAAUCGAGGGAACCAUGCGCAAGGAGCUCAAGCUGGAAGAGCCCGAGUCUCCAGAUGUCACUCACCAGAAGCGUGUCUUUGAGACCGUGAGAAACAUCAACCAGGUUGUCAAACAGAGAUCUCUGACCCCUUCCCCCAUGAACAUCCCUGGCUCCAACCAGUCUUCGGCCAUGAACUCCCUCCUGUCCAGCUGUGUCAGCACCCCCCGGUCCAGCAUUUAUGGCAGUGACAUCGGCAACGUUGUCCUCGACAACAAGACUAACAGUAUCAUCCUGGAAACAGAGGCAGCUGACUUGGGAAACGACGCGCGGAGUAAGAAGCCGGGGACCCCGGGCACCCCCGGCUCGCACGACCUGGAGACGGCGCUGAGGCGGCUGUCCCUCCGCCGGGAGAACUACCUCUCGGAGCGGAGGUUCUUCGAGGAGGAGCAAGAGAGGAAGCUGCGCGAGCUGGCGGAGAAGGGCGAGCUGCGCAGCGGCUCCGUCACGCCCACCGAGAGCAUCAUGUCCCUGGGCACGCACUCCCGCUUCUCCGAGGUCACCGGCUUCUCCGGCAUGUCCUUCAGCAGCCGCUCCUACCUGCCCGAGAAGCUCCAGAUCGUGAAGCCGCUGGAAGGUUCUGCCACUCUUCACCACUGGCAGCAGUUGGCCCAGCCUCACCUCGGGGGCAUCCUGGACCCCCGGCCUGGUGUGGUCACCAAGGGCUUCCGGACACUGGACGUUGACAUGGAUGAAGUGUACUGCCUUAACGACUUUGAAGAAGAUGACACAGGUGACCACAUUUCUCUCCUGGGCCUAGCUACCUCCACACCAGUUCAGCACCCAGAGACCUCAGGUGAGAGGUCCCGAGCACGCGUGACUGUCUCAGGCAGCAGAAGUUACCAGAGCCGGCCUCAGGCUUCCCCAGAGGAGAUGCAGGAGUCACCAGCGGCCACGGAGGAGGAGGAGGAGGAGGGGUCUGCGCACCACCCUGGGAAGUGCAUGUCACAGACCAACUCCACCUUCACCUUCACCACCUGUCGCAUCCUGCAUCCUUCAGACGAGCUCACGCGGGUCACACCAAGCCUUAACUCAGCCCCAACUCCAGCUUGUGGCAGCGCCAGCCACUUGAAAUCCACGCCAGUGGCCACACCAUGCACUCCACGGAGGCUGAGCCUGGCUGAAUCCUUCACUAACACCCGUGAGUCCACAACCACAAUGAGCACAUCCCUCGGGCUGGUGUGGCUGCUGAAGGAGCGGGGCAUUUCUGCAGCUGUGUAUGACCCCCAGAGCUGGGACAGAGCUGGCCGGGGCUCCCUCCUGCACUCCUACACCCCCAAGAUGGCUGUGAUCCCCUCCACCCCGCCGAACUCACCUAUGCAGACGCCCACGUCCUCCCCGCCCUCCUUUGAGUUCAAGUGCACGAGCCCUCCCUACGACAACUUCCUGGCUUCCAAGCCAGCCAGCUCCAUCCUGAGGGAGGUGAGGGAAAAGAAGAACGUCCAGAGCAGUGAGAGCCAGACAGAUGUGUCCGUCUCCAACCUCAACCUCGUGGACAAAGUCAGGAGGUUUGGGGUGGCCAAAGUGGUGAACUCAGGGCGAGCCCAUGUCCCCACCUUGACUGAAGAUCAGGGACCUCUCUGUGGGCCCCCAGGACCAGCACAGGCUCUUGUCCCUGGAGGCCUGGUACCUGAGGGCUUGCCUCUCGGAUGCCCCACUGUCACCAGUGCCAUCAGCGGGCUGCAGCUCAACAGUGGCAUCCGACGGAAUCGGAGCUUCCCCACCAUGGUGGGAUCCAGCAUGCAGAUGAAAGCUCCCGUGACUCUCACUUCAGGCAUCUUGAUGGGUGCUAAGCUCCCCAAACAAACUAGCUUACGGUGAGGACAGGAGGGGGCCCAUUGCCCUGGAGGAGACCAACAUGCUCUGUGUCGCUCCCCGCCUCCCUCUCCCCCUGCAGCGCUCGCUCCCCUUUCCUUCUCUGCCCCGCUCCUGAGCGUCAGCCUCGUGCCUAACAGGGGAAGAGUGGAAACUUUGUAAAAUGUGUACAUAGGACUCGGAGACCUUGUAUCUGCCCUGUCCCCUCUUUGGACCCCACAGGGAGUGCCCCGCCCUGUCACCACUCUCCCGAGGACCUCACCUGUGCUGAGCUGGGGGAAGGUGUGUCCUCCUCUUCUUUCCUUUUGAGAAGCACUGAGACUCCCAAGUGUGUUCCUAUCCCAUGGAUAGGGACCCAGUGAAUUCCGUGGCUGAUUGCCUGUGUGCACACCGUGAGCUGUCACAUGGCAUGGGUCAUAACGCCUUGCCCACCCUGUAGCAGUGUGAGGAGCCUCCGUCCUCGGCCACACGCGGCUGACGUAGCUUUCAUGGUCGGGAGCUUUUCUUCCUUUCAUGGGUGGCCUGGCUUCUUCAGACCUUCACUAUUCUGCCUCCGUGGACGGUUAUUUCUUUUUUGAGGUGUGACUUUUACUUUUCAUACCUUCAACUUGAAGUCAUCCUGUGUUUCGUAAUCAGCUGUCAGGCCAAACGUCUGACCCGAAGAGAAUGUAUUCACUCCCGCUGCAUUGUCCAGCAGCCCCUCUGUGUUCUGUGUGACUUGUUUUAUUUUACCAUUUUUUUAUAUGCAGGGAAGUAAUGGUACUGGCAGUGUAUGUUCUGUACGUGGUUCUAUAACACCAAAAUACAAACUUCAAACACACCAAGCUGCUAAUGAGAUAGUAGCUUAUUUCUGGGACCUGGUGUCACAACCCAAUUGAUUUAAGACCAGACCCAAGACAACUUUAAUGAUAAGAUUAAAAUGAAAGGGGAUAAGGAGAAAACUUAUUAAAGAAGUUUGUCAACAGUCAAAGUAAAGGGGAAGAACCACAACCAAGCGUAAUACCAACUGGUUCGAGGGAGAAAGGAACAAGGCUUUGGCAUCUUUCUGGUUCCAGUCCUUACUCUGAGACGUAAGAUGGGUCAGUGUGCUUUCACUUGUGCAGUCUUUUGUUGCAGCCAUUCGGUGCCCACACAUUUUACCCUCUUGUUUCAGAACAGGGGAUGGUCACAACAAGUUAUUUUCGGCCCCCCAAAGCCCUUUGUCUCCUUGUGGCACUGAUUAUCAUUAGGAAAAGAUAGAGGUGCUCAUGAAAAGAACCAUGAAUGAAUAAGGGAGCAUGGUUCUGUUGUCGCUGAUUAAGUUUUAAACUUCUAUUUAUUAUUUAUGUGUGCUGUAUUUUAAACAUAAUCCUCUCUGCUUCCAACUCCAGUCAUAGCGUGUCUGUGGCAUCCCAAUCUAAGCAGAUAAUUUAUUCUAAUCUGUGGACUGCACUGUACAUCACGGGGUUCAGUGACCACUUGAUGCAGACAUUUAUGGAAGGAUAACAUCCCAUGUAAAUGACAUUGUCAUUUUGUGCCCCCUCCCCCAGCAAGAGACGUAUCCUUCAGUUGAUUGAAGGUAACUUUAUGUCCACUGAGGAUACUUGGAGAAAGUCCCCAAGGAGCAAGCUCAGUCCCACAAUUUCAGACUGUUUAUUCUCUGAACACGAGAGUGUUGGUUAAUUAUGUUCUCAACUCUCCUUGCUGGUGUAUGUGUGCACUCACUGCAAGUAACUUAUAUCUUAUUUGAAUGUAUUUUAAAACAGUAGGUAGAAUAACAAAGGAAUAUGAAAACCAUGGACUGAGUGGACCACUCUAUGUAUUCAGAGAGAGCAACCACCCAUCAUCACCAGAAAUACCAGUGUAAAAAUCAGCAAUUUGGAGGUUGCGGUGUUUAGUAUAGUAAAUAAAUAAAUGAUCAACAUCAUGCAACCACUACCAAAAAGUGUGUUGUGAUGCAUCAAAAAUCAGUAAUAACAUUUUAUUUGCUAAUGAAUAUCAAUAAAAGAAGUCCAAAUGAUGGAAA